AAUUUGCAACCAUUCUAGACCAGGAAAAACCAGAUCGGAAUCCCGCAACCAUCCCGAGACCAGCCAUGGACGGUCCUCCCCCUUUUCCCCCCUGUGCUUCCGCAACGCUUGUCCCGGCGUCCCGAUCGGAACGACCGCGGGCCGGGGGAAGGGCACCGGAAGGGUUUCGGCGGCGUCGUCGGAUCCAACUGCGGCUGCUGGCGGUGGCGGCAGCCCUGCCGGCCCUUUCGGUUUCGCUGGCGGAAGGCAUCCCCGCGGAACGGGCGGGGGACCCCUCCUCCGAGACGCCCACGGGGGACGAGUGGAUGAACCCCGGGGGGCCCCCGUACGGCGCCGCCAACGCCGGGGGGGGGUUCUUCUCCUUCGAUCCGCGGUGGGUCCUCGGAGGAGGGGGGGGCAAUGGGCAAGGGAAGGGGAACGCACAACAUCAACAACAACAAAAACAAGAGCCAGCGAACCCCGUCCGCUUCUUUGACGUCUACUCGAGGCCCAUCCGGUCGGUGUAUUCCCAGGUCCACUGGACGAGCCACGGGACGAUCCCCCUCCCGCGGCCCGUCGUCGACCGGUACGGAGGGAAAGGGGCCGGCACAAAGGCAGAGAGAAGUUCAGGCGCAAUGCCAGAGGCAAGAGACGAACCUGCUACCGACACCAUGGCCGUGGUGGGAUACGAGGUGGACCAGGUCCGGAUCGAUCCCUCCACGGGAAGGGAGGUGCCGGUGCCGAUUACCUGGGCGUACAACCACCACUACAUGGCCUUUCUCCUGGGAAGCAGAGGAGGCGACGCCAAAGAACCCUCCGGCAACGCGACAUUCCGCGAGGCAAACGACGCCCCCCGGAUGGUCGAGCUCGACGGCCACGGGGCGAUCGGGGCCGCCGAGCGCCUGGGCCUGGGCCACGCCACCGGCGGCCCGGUGUGGAUCCCGGAGCAAGCCCUGGCACCCGGUGUUGAUGCCGAUGCCCUCCGGGACGGCCGGUCCUGGCUCUUUUUCUCCGAGGGCAACGGGGGGGAGAUGCGCAAGUCCUGCCACGUCUACCCGAGGGGGUACGCCCAGCUGAUCCGCAAUCCGGUGUCCUUUUCGGUGACGCCGAUGCAGAUCGACACCUGGUUCCGGGACACCAUGCCGAGCGGCCGGUUCGUCCCACCCAACGGUCCGGUCGACGCCUUCCUGCCCAAGAGCUCCGGGAUCCGCGACCUGGCAGCGGCCGGGUACAACCCGCUCCUGGAGUGCCCCUGCAGCGACCGGCUGGAAAGGUCCUGGGGCAUGUCCUACGCGCUGAGGGACCUGCACGACGACGACGACGACAACGAAGGGGAAAGCCCCGAGCCACCGGGCAACGCGACCGAGUGUUUUUCCGCGGCCCUGUCGCUCCUCCCCAGCACCAACGCCACCACCCGGGAGAUCCCCCGGCCCGGCAAGGAACGCGGCCGGUGCACGGCCCUGCUCCGGGCCGACGGGAGCCUCGACGCGGCCUGGGAGGAACCCACCGGGAGUCCCACCGGAUCCACAACCUCUUUCCAGCGGGAACAGAGCGCUGCCGGAGGAGAACCCUCCGGUGCGGUGGUGGGAACGACCCCCCUGGGGAGCCUCUUCAACGCCACCGUGGUGCUCCACGCGGAAUCGGGCACGGCGGAGAUUGCCCUGGAGGGUCCCGUUUGGUACGAAGGCGACGAGGAGGAGGAAACCGGCGACCGGUGGUUUGCCGUCGCCUUUGGCGCCGACAGCAUGUGCGUCCGGAUGGAGGCCGACGAGUGCACCGGGGGCGGCCCCUACGCCAUUGUCGUCCUCCCGGCCACCCCGGAGGGUCCCAGCCGGGUGGUGGAGCGGAGGCUGGACUACCACGGCCCGGGAAGGAUUCUCGGGGCGGGCCCCGGCGAGAAGGAGCUGCUCAUCGUCCGCUCCAACCGCAUCGAGGACUUCGGCGGCGGCGACGGCGACGACGAAGAACACCAGCCCCGGCACGGCGGGGAAACACCGUCCCCGAACAAAAAUAGCACGCACCGCAAGAGGAAGCGGAAGCGCCGGGUGGUCCGCCUGAGCCGGCCCUUUCGCGGCCCCACACCCGACUACUUUUCCUUUGCGGCGGACCCAGGGGCGGGGGCUCCCCCCCCGGACCCCGUCAAGAUCGUGCUGGCCACCGGGUGUCCGGGCAGCGGCGGGACCUUCGGGAGGCACUGCGGGCACCAGUCGCCCGGUCCCCUCGUCUUUGCCAGGGUCGGCCUCCGCUUGGAGGUCGUCCGGGACGGCAUCAAGGGGAGCAUCGGCGGCAAACCCUUUGGCAAGCACUGCCUGGGGGAACCCUACGGGGACCUGGUCCGGCAAAAGAACCCCACCUGCGAGGUCCGGACCUACCGGGGGGGCCUCCGCUGCUGCGUCCACGGCAAGCACCUCCUCGAUGCGAGCCAGGAAAUCCCCUGGGGGGACAGGGUCCUGGAGUACCGCCUCAAGUUUCGCUUCUACUACCAGGACUACCUCUCCGGGCCGCGGCGGGAAGACCCUCCGGCCGCCUCCUCCGGGAGGGCCGCGGAGGAGGCCAUUCUUCGGGCCGCUCCCCCCUCCCACCGCGAGCUGGCCCGGUUUUACUGGCAGACCGAGGCCGGGGGGGACGAGUACGACGUCCCGGGCUGCCGGGAGGGCAAGCUUGGCCAAGGGCCUCCCCCCUCGGAGUGCGUCCACACCAUCACCUCCCGGUGGAGGGUCCGGGACUUUGCCGGGGGGGAGGGCCUUUCCGGGAUCGAGCUGAUCUAUGCCGCCCCCCACUGCCACGCCCCCAUGUGCCUCUCGAUGGAGCUCUACAACGCCGACACCGGCGAGCUGCUGUGCUCCGUGGAACCCAUCGCCGGGAGAGGGGGAAGCGGCGGAAAUGACGGUGCCUACGACGAGGAGGGAUUCCUGGCGAUCCCCCCGUGCCUGUGGAGCCACGACCAGAGCCGCAGCAGCACCACCACCUCCACCACGACCUCCCCCCUGCGCAAGCACGGCCGCGAGACCUCCCGGGACGGACCCCCACUGCUGCCGGCGCCGCGGUUCCUGUCGAUGGACACGACCCUCCUGAGCAUCAAGCGGGCCAACAGCACCUUUCCCCACACCGGGGACAUGGCCUCGUGGCAGAUGCGGGGGGUCCUCGUGCCCUCGACCCCAACCGAGACCGAGGCGUGACACGGUGCCGGUGGACCCACGCGGCACGACGCUCCAAAAACACACGGGACGAUCGGGAUCCACCACCAAACGAUGGAUCUAUCCCUCUACUAGCUAUCGGGUUUUGGGCUUCCUUUUCGUUUUGACUCGCAGCAUCAAACACAUUACACAAACUAGCUGAAUCGAUCGAUCGAUUGCAACAGGCAAGCAACUCUAUUUCAGUACAUAAAUAGCACAAGCAUUC